CAUCCGUUGCCCUGACUCCUGCCCUUGGAGGAAGCCAGUCAUGGGGGAAACGGGGAAAGACGAGUAUAAAAUCCAGUCGUUCGACACCGAGACUCAGAAGCUGCUGAAAACAGCCCUCAAAGACCCCAGCAAUGUGGACCUGGAGAAAGUGGCCAAUAUCAUAGUGGACCAGUCCCUCAAAGACUGCGUGUUCAGCAAGGAGGCGGGACGCAUCUGCUACACCAUCAUCCAGGCAGAGAGCAAACAAGUCGGCCAGAGCAUCUUCCGGAGGAGCCAGCAGGAGUACAAGGACAGGGAGGAGCUGCGCACCCGCUCGCUCCAGGCCUGGAUCUGCUACGUCACCUUCAUCUGCAACAUCUUCGACUACCUGAGGGUGAACAACAUGCCCAUGAUGGCUCUGGUGAACCCCGUUUACGACUGUCUGUUCCGGCUGGCACAGCCCGACAGCCUGCGGAAGGAGGAAGAG